AUGUCUUCCAGCAUUCAAUCAUUGUUAAAGACGGAAAAGGAGGCCGCUGAGAUUGUCAAUGAGGCCAGAAAGUACAGAACGGCCAGAUUGAAGACCGCCAAGCAGGAUGCUCAGAAGGAAAUUGACCAGUACAAGGAACAAAAGGAAGCACAGUUGAAGAAGUACGAGGACGAUCAUGCUGGCUUGAACGAUUCCAUUGAGAAGGAUGCUGAUGCUCAGGUUGAGAAGGAGUUGCAAGACAUCAAGAAGCAAUACCAGCAAAAGAAGAAGGAUGUUGUUAAGGUGUUGAUUGACGCUGCUGCCAACCCUACUCCUGAGUUGCACACCAAUGCUUGA